ACUGUGUCCUUGAAGUUUGCAAGAAUCAUGAAAAUUGCCUCGUUUAACAUUCAGAAAUUUGGGAAAAGGAAACUGUCUGAUCCUGCAGUUCUCUCAACUCUAGUUAAGAUCAUCUCACGUUAUGAUAUCGUUGUUGUCCUGGAGGUGGUGGAUUCCAGUGGGAAAGCGGUCGAAAGCUUCCUCAAAGAGCUAAAUAAGGCAAACCCUAAGCAUCAUUACUCUAUGAAGCUCAGCGUACGACUGGGAAGGACCGUUUAUAAGGAGCAGUUUAUGUUCCUCUAUAGAGAUGAUCUGGUGAAAGUGAUUGACACUUACCAGUAUGAGGACAAUCAGCCUGGAGAUGAGGACGCCUUUGAUAGAGAACCCUACAUUCUGCGUUUCUCGUGUCCUAACACAGUGGUAAAAGACCUGGUGCUGGUCCCUGUCCAUACAAAGCCUGAAGACUCAGAGAAGGAAGUAGACGAGCUGUAUGAUGUGGUCCAGGCUGUUAGAGACAAAUGGAAAACUGAUAAUAUCAUGAUCUUGGGAGACUUCAACGCAGAUGGCAGUUACGUGUCCAAAAAAGAGAUGAAGGCGAUUCGCAUCUUCACUGACAAAGACUUCCACUGGCUGAUUAGUGAUAAGGUGGACACAACCACAAGCAAGAAGAAUGACCACACCUAUGACAGGAUCGUGGUGUAUGGAAAGCACAUGCUCGAUGUCAUAGAACCAAACUCGGCCAAACCUUUCAACUUCCCGCAGGAGUUUGGACUGACAGAAGCUGAAGCACUAAAAGUAAGUGACCACUAUCCAGUGGAGGUGCAACUGAAAGAAGUCAAAGGCAGCAAAUAAAGUGUGGAGAAACACGGGGAAAAACAGCAAAGGAAGAAGGAAGACCGGGAGAGGAGCUGGACCUGCCCUAAACAAUGAACUAAAACUGUA